GAAAGCAAUUCAGGCAUAUCCCAUCCUUCCAUAUCAGUAAUUUCUAAUGAUUGUCUCCCGAUGGAGUCUCCAUUCUUCGAUUUUGUUAUUGUCGGGGGAGGCAUCGCUGGUGUUGUUUGUGCGGAGACGCUAUGCCAACUAAUCAGGCCCAGCAUAUACUCUGGGUUGAUUUCUUGCUGUUCUUCAGCUCCAGCUCUUACUAAUUGCUCCAAAGGUUCACCAAACAAUUUUGAUGGGGAGAAAAUGCGGUAUCAACACUCUGUUUGUUUGAUCUCCGCUUCAGCGAGUAUCAAAGCUGCUAUCAACAUCCGGCGUAUUUAG